AUGACGUAAUAAUGCUUAGACAGAGAAAAGAUACAAGCUCUGAAGAACAGCAGAACAGAGUGGAGAACCAUUCUCAUUCAUUGGUCUAUGAAACCAAAUUUAAGAUUUCUUUGCAGGACAUUUGCAGUGGUGCUUCUGAAGGCCUAUCAGAAAAGAAUAUAGAGCAAUCAGAGGAGAACCAUCAUCAAUCAGAAGGAUCUCAAGGCCAGUCGACAGAAAAUCAUCACCAGUUAGAGGGAUCUAGAAGCCAUUCAGAAAUCUCUUCAAAACACUUAAAGAGUCCUGAUGGUCAAUCUGAUACAUCUUUUGAAAAAUAUGAGAGCUCUCUUAGAGAAUCAGGGAAAUCUCAUGACCAUUCCAAGAGAUCUUAUGGCUAUUACAAGAGAUACCGUGACCACUUGCAGAGAUCUCGUGGCCACUGGGAGAGAUUUCGUGGCUACUUGGAGAGAUCUCCUACUCAGGGAGAUCUCCUGUCUACUCAGAGAGAUCUCAUGGCUACUCGGGGAGAUCUCCUAUCUACUCAGAGAGAUCUCGUGGCUACUCGGGGAGAUCUCCUGUCUAUUCAGAGCGAUCUCUUGGCUACUCGGAGAGAGCCCCUGUCUACUCAAGGAGAUCUCGUGGCUACUCGAGGAGAUCUACUGUCUAUUCAGAGAGAUCUCGUGGCUACUCGGGGAGAUCUCCUGUCUACUCAGAGAGAUCUCAUAAAGCAAGAAAUUAUAAAAACUGCAAUGAAAAUUAUGGAAAAGAAGAAAUGUGGUGAAAAUGCUGGAAAAGAUGAAAGUGGCCAGAGGCAGGCCCCGGAGCGGGAGCCGAGUGCAGGUGGGCGGAAGCUCAAAAUGCCUGUAACUCCUCAGGAGAUUGAUCUUUUAAAAAAGCAAGUUCAUAAUGUUGAAGCCUAA